AAAAAAAAGAUUUUGGAAAUAAAUAAAUAGAAAUCGGAAAUACAAAAGUUCUGCAUCAUCUUUGAACUUUGAAAUAUCAAUUGAAGUAUCAAGCAGUUACAAAAAUAUUUGCUGAUUGUUAAACAAUUUAUAGUCAACAUAUCGAGGUGAAUGCGUACAUAAGUAUUUCUAUGUGAAUUUUUGCCAUUCUCAAUAAACUAACUAUUAGGAACUAUUCUUGUGUAAAAAAAAUUAAGCAAGCAACUUAUAAUUUGGACUUAUUAUCUUAGUUAAAGGAAAAUUUGAUUAGCAUAGGGAUUUAUUUGGAAGUGUAGAAAUGCCGUCGAAAAAGAAAAAAUAUAAUGCACGCUUCCCAGCGGGUCGCAUUAAGAAAAUUAUGCAGAGUGAUGAAGAAAUUGGUAAGGUGGCACAGGCGGUGCCCGUUAUAAUUUCACGGACUUUGGAGCUAUUCGUGGAGUCGCUGUUAACCAAAACGAUGCGCAUAACAAAUUCGCGUAACGCCAAAACCCUAUCGCCAUCCCACAUGAAACAAUGCAUCAUGUCCGAGCAGCGAUUCGAUUUUCUAAAAGACCUUGUCAAAAAUAUACCAGAUAUAAGUGUGGCCGAGGAGGCGGCAUUCAAUUACAACGAUGAUGAUGCCCAUAGUUCGGAAGAACAAUAUCCAGACUCGGAUACGCCAUAUGACUUAAGCCUGCCGUCAACAUCAAUACGAUCAUUGCCCAAUGGAAACAAUGCCUCCUAUGUGCGCUCUGUUAGCUUGAAUGGAGCUGGACAGAAGCGAAAUCAUAAUCCAACCGCACCACAGUCAGUCAUAAUGCAAACACAGAUGCAACACCAACAGCAGCGAGUGCAUCUGCCGACAAAGUUGGCACGGUCAGAAUCAACGCCUGCGUAUAAUCCCCGUGGCAGGCCACCCAACAACAAUGCUGCCCACUAUAGUAGUAGUAGUAGUAGACGAGAACCUCAAGAAACUGCCAUACCUGCGCCAAUUUGCAGCUACGAGCUGCUGAACAAGCCUAUAGUCAAAAUUGAUUAUAGCAACGUCCAAAUGACAACUAGCCCAUUGUGCCCAACAAAUGUUGAUGCCGGCAGCACAUCUUCUAGUACCGCAUUAAACUUAAAUAUUGCGUCACCAGUUAUAAACAUUGAUCUAACAAAUAUUGUCGCAUCUGGCACUGUACCCACCCCAACGAAGAUAAGCUACGGCAUAUUUUCGAUGGAUAAGACCAAGUGCUUCAGUGGAAAUAAUAAUUCAAUUGCAAAAAUUGAUACAUCUGUCGACUACAGCGCUGGAAAGAAUAAAGCUCCAAUCAUUCCAAAGGCCAAUUUGACAUCCGCGCCAAUAACUGAAUCGCUUUUUGAAUUAGAUGAAGACUACGACAACAUUUAAAUAUAAUUUUGUAAAUGCACUUUAAAUUAUUACUAUAUAAUAUUAUUAUACUUUAGAUAUAAGUAUGCAGAUAAUAACUUUGAUAAAUAAAGACCAGCGCUGCGAAAUUUCGUAAAUAUGUUAUCUAAUUAAACCCACCACCCAGUAGUAGACAUAAGAAAUUUUUGUGGCGGCAUUGCCAAUAAAUUUAAAAGUAGUUUCAGUCGUCCUUUGCUUAAAAUUAUAGUAUCUGAAUAUAUAAAAAAAAGGACACAAAAUACACCAACACUAAUUAUUGGCAGGCAUCCAACGGACUCUUCGAAGAAUAUAUAGGAAACAACGGAAAAAUAAAUCAUCUACAGCACAAUUUUAUUCAAUAAUGAUGCCUGUAGACUUGGCAGCUUAUGCUGAUCAGGAAUUAACUAAUUUAUCGGAAGAGACGACAACUUGAUGCAUUUCGUACCAAAAUUAGAAUACUUUCAGCAGACAUUUGAAUCGAUCAUUCAUACUUUUGUAGUUCACGAUAAGAUUUGGAAGUAUGAAUUUACAUAAUUAGUUAUCACUUUUUAUAUUUUAUAGAUUAUAAUUACUUGGAUCUGUUAUUUAUUUUUUAUAAUUAAAUAAUUACUUUCACUAAAUUGAACCAUAACUAAAUAAAAUACUGUCACAA